AUGACACGUAGCCGAUUUGAUGCACAAGCCGGUUAUUUAGGUGCAUUACUUGUUGGCGGGCCCGAAGAGGUUGGUACCGGUACUGUUGUUAGCGGAACCUUUGCAAACAUUGCAUGGGGUGGUGGCAGCAAGUAUGUAAAAACAGAAAUUGACCCUGCCGGUGGCACUACCUAUAGUGUUGCAGGUACAUCUCAACUUAUAAGCGUACCGUAUGCUCUUUAUGCAGCUAAUGGUGGUGGCUCGCAAGGCCCAACUGGUGCUCCGGGUGCAACAGGCUCUCAAGGACCUACAGGUCCUGCCGGUGCAACAGGUGCAGGUGUACAAGGCCCAACAGGCCCACAAGGUCCAACUGGUCCGGGUGUAGGUGCUACAGGCCCUACCGGCCCAACUGGUGCCGGAACAACUGGUGCUCAAGGUCCAACAGGCCCUGCAGGCCCAACAGGUGCGGGUACAACAGGCGCUAAUGGCUCUACUGGUGCCCAAGGCCCAACAGGCCCUGCCGGUCCAACAGGUGUGGGUGUAACGGGUCCUGCCGGUCCAACAGGUGUUGGUACAACAGGUGCUCAAGGUCCAACCGGUCCUGCCGGCCCAACAGGUAGCGGUUCUGGUGGUGGAACACUUGAUGCUGCUUACGAUUUUGGUGGCUCUGGCGCAGGCCGUAGCAUUACUGCCGAUGCAGGCUCUGUAUCUAUUACAGGACCAACAGGCGUUACAGGCCUUAACGGUAUUGCUCUUUUAGUUACUCAAAACGGUUCUCUAACUGCUGGUAUUGGUGCUAACCUUAACGGUACCGGUAAUGCAAUUACCGCUAACAGCGCUAAUGCUACUAAUACAUUCUCUACUAUACAAGGUAUUACCAAUAGCUCUACUCAAAAUAACUCAGCCAUCUUCGGACAGGCAACAGGGGCUUCACGCGCGGUUGCAGGGGAGGCUACUUCUACUUCUACAUCUGAUGUGGCUGUACGCGGUAACAACUUACGUACUACCGGUGGUAUAGGUACUGAAGGUGUUGGCUUUAAUGGUGUAUCGGGUAAGAGCGCAUUUAACCAGGGCUACGCUGUAUUUGCAAAUAACACAGCAACUCCUGCAGGUACUAACAUGAACUCUAUUGCUGUUGCAGGUUUAGGUGGUAUUGGUGUUAACGGCCAAACUACGUAUGGCAACCUUGCGGGUGUAUUAGGCCAAAACUUUACUGUUUCUCCUGCUGAUGAUAACGCUGCUGUUUUAGGUCAGUCAGCGCAUGGUGCAGGUGUUAUUGGUUCUUCGGUAGACCUUUCUUACUUCGGUGUUUUAUCGCUAGGCGAUUUAGGUGCUACAGCUAUAUUUUCUGCUGAACAUUUAGCUGAAAUUUCAUCAACCUUUAGUACAUUAAAACCAUAA